AUGGACAUCAAGUCGAUGAAAAUUGUCCAGCUCAACAUGGUGAGGUCCAGAACAGUUUCCGAUGAGCUGCUCCACCAUUGUAUCAGCUUAAAAGUUGACAUCGCUCUAGUACAAGAGCCAUACACACUCAAGGGUGUGCUACAUGGUCUCGAGUACAGAGCCACCCGCACAGUUAAAAGGAAAACCAAUGAGCAUAACGGUGUCUGGGCUGCCAUUGUGGUAUUCAAUAGCCACUUGGAUAUUAUAACAAAACCUCAGCUAACCUCGGAGCAUACAGUCGUAGAUGUGGCGUACCCUGGCCAAACUCCGAUCGACCUAGUAUUCAGUUACUUCCAAUUCCGCCGUCCAACGGAAUCCUUUACUGGUGAAAUAUCGCGUAUCCACGCAUCACUCCUAGAUAGGACUGUUUUAGGAAUGGACGUCAAUGCGUUCUCACCCAGAUGGCAUGACCACAGGCAGAACGAAAAAGGUAGAAUAGUUGAGAACAUGAUCAAUGACCUGGGCCUGGUCGUCAUCAACAAACAUGGCAAUGAGUACACCUUCCUAAGGUGCCAGGGGUCGCAGAAACGUUGA